AUGGAUCCCACUUCUACCCCAGUCGAGCCCAAAGAUGAAGUUGUUCCAGACAACUUGAAUGGCUCUGCCCAAUCUACAGAUGUCAAAGAUGUCAAAGAAGUCAAAGAUGCUGUCGCCCCCGCAUCCGAAACUACCCCUGCCUCUGCCCCCAAACUGUGCAAAAAACAUAAAAAGAAGAAUAAGAAAAAGGAAGAGAGUGAUAGCUCCUCUGAAUCUUCUUCAUCUUCAGAAUCGGACAGCGAUGCCGACUCUGAGGAAGAAUCCGAUUCAGAGAGCGACUCAAAUACCGAGAAGCGCAAGCGACGGCUGCGAAAGGCGCGUGCGAAACGUGCGUUGAAGGAUAAGAAACGUCGUAAGAAGAAGAAGCAACGGUCGCGCAAGGUGGAGUCGUCCGAUUCGGAAUCCGAUUCUCCCUCUGAGUCAGAUUCGGCAUCUUCUACUGAUUCCGAUGACGAGAUAGAUGACAAGGCCUUGCGGAAAUUAGUCACAAAGCUCAAACUUAGCAAAAAAAGAGCUAAGAAGUUGCGUGAACUGGCUUCGGAGGACUUGGCUGCCAGUGAUGCCGUGGGUGAAACUCGCCGGGAGAAACGGUCGAAGAGGAAGAAGCCCGCUUCAAAGGUGGCUUAUAAGCGUGUAGAUCAAUUAUGGGAUACCACCAUUCACAAGUACAAGCUCACUGAAACGGUGGAUGACCCCGAUGCCGACGAAUGGGAUCAGUACAUCUUCAACAUUCGUCGUAAAUUCAACUGGGAAAACAAGUACCUCGAGACUGUCGUCGAUAUCAAGAGUAAACCCCUCCGCGAUGCCCUCUCCAAAAUCAUGGACGGUGUCAAGGGCGUCAGUCUCGUUCAGGAACCCGCCGUCGUCGAUCCAAACAUGCUGUUCUUGUAUCUGGAGGAAACAAGGCAGUACAUGAAGGAUCUGAAGAAACAAUCACGCAACGAGAAGAAGAAAAAAGCCAGAAAGAUCGCUGCAACCAAAGCUUCCCACCUGAAGGUCCUGAUCAAAUACCUCGAUACCGAUUACGCAGACAUCAAGAAGACCCUCUACCCUCUCCUCGAGGCUAACACCAUCACAUUCGAUCUACUGUGGGCGUUGUACAAGCCAAACACCAUCGCCUACACCCCAACCUACGGUAGUUCCGAUGAACCCCGAGCUUUCAAAAUCGAGUACGCCAUCAAAGAGUCCUCCUUCAUGAAAGGUCAGUGGUACAGUGUCGACGGCCGCUACCUCGAGUACGACGGCAAAGACUACGGCUUCGGCACGAUGUCCGCCGAAGUCGACGCCUUCAAAGGCGCCCGCAAAAUCACAAGUCUCGCCUGCUACCCACUGAAAUACCACCGCGACGCCGAAGCUCUACGAGCCCGUCUCAUCGAACGCGGUAAACGCUUCGUCGCCCUCCGCGGUAUGAACUACCGCUUCCACAAAGGUAUGGCCUUCUACAAGAAAAAGCGCUCCCUCAUCAUCAAGGUCAACAUCAACGGCCGCGUUAUGAUCGACCCAGCCAUCCACCGUCGCAUCAACCCAAACUACCCCAUCUCUACCGUCCGACCCAAAGACCCGGAUCUAAUUGACCCGGAGGAUCUCGGGGUGAGCGAUAAUGAAGGCGACGAAAGCGACGGCUGCUGCUGUGCCUCCGACUCCGACUCCGAGCACGGCGGUGCCUCCGACACCCCACGGACGAUGUACAAAGUCGUCGAAGACACAGACGGAUGUCCUCGCGUCGUGGAGGUCGAAGUCGACGAGAACGGCGCGGAAAUCCAGAAAGAGAAGAUGGAUCGCAUUGAGGGCGCCGCUGAUACCAAGGAACGCGAGUUCACCGAGGAAGAACUCCUCGUCGCAUCACCAGUCGUGCUGGGCUUUGCUUUCAGCGAGAAACUCUGGCUCGAGUUCACCAUCUCUGGUAUCAGUGAUAUCGAAUGGGAUAAGGAAGCCUUUGGCUCGCUCGUCCUCCCCGCAAACCAAAAGUCCAUCGUCAAGGCCCUCGUCGAAUCGCAUACUUUCAACGCAGCGCAGAACAUCGACGAUGUCAUCCAGGGUAAGGGUAAGGGUCUUGUUGCCGUGUUGCAUGGUCCACCCGGUACGGGUAAGACCCUGACGGCAGAGGGAAUUGCGGAGCUCCUCCGUCGCCCGUUAUAUAUGGUCUCCGCCGGAGAACUGGGUACAGACUCUCGGACGCUGGAAGCGGAACUGAACAAGAUCCUGGAUAUCGCCCAUUCGUGGGGUGCUGUGCUUCUUCUCGACGAGGCGGAUGUGUUCCUCGAGAAGCGCACUAUCCAUGAUAUCCAUCGCAACGCGCUUGUCAGCAUCUUCCUCCGUCUGUUGGAGUAUUUCCAGGGUAUUCUGUUCUUGACUACUAAUCGGGUUGAGACGUUCGAUGAUGCGUUCCAGUCGCGUAUCCAUGUCGCUUUGCGGUAUGGCGAUCUUACUUCCAAGGCGAAGAAGAGUAUUUGGAAGAUGUUCUUGGAGCGUGUGCGUGCUAUUGAGGGUGUGCAUAUUGCGUCCUUCUCUGAGGAAGAUUAUGAUAUGCUUUCUAGACAUACGUUGAACGGGCGACAGAUCAAAAACUCUGUUCGCACUGCUCAAGCCCUGGCUGUCAAUGAGAAUGCGCCGCUCUCCAUGGAGCAUAUUAAGCGUGUGCUAGAGGUGGCUGAGACUUUCGAUCAAGAUCUGCGUGGUGGAACGGGAUACCUGGAUGCCAUGCGGAGCUAUACUUGA